UGUGGAAGUAAGAAAAAUAAGUAAGCUGAAUAAAAAGUUACAGAAAAAUAGUCGCGUGUUUUAUAUUCCGCUCUUCCGAUUAUUUCGCAUAUUCCUAAAGUAAAACUAAUCGGGAAAUAGUAAUUACGCGGUAAUUCUCGGUUUUCGCGCUUUUAUCCCGUAGAAGUAUCCCACAUACACGACAACUGGUGUCAGAAGUGGGAUUAAUUGAAAAAUCAUCCGCACCGGAAAAGUGAGGUUACGAAAGCCUUCUUCUGCACUUCGCUGAUGAUGAAUGAUCCAGAUUUCAUGGAGGCGCUGUCCUCAAUGAUCGCACAGGCCCUCAAAGCAUCCAUUGGGAACGCUGUUCAGCAAGCGCAAGCCGACCAACACCUUCCGGCCGGGGAAGCCGCCGCUCCUUCGCCAAGAGUUCCUUCGUUCACCAUGUCCGAGUUUCGAUCAACAGACGGGACAUCCGUUACUGAUUACUUCAGCAGAUUCGAGUGGGCGCUGCAGUUAAGCCAUAUUCCUGAAGCCCAGUACGCCAAUUUCGCCCGGGUACAUAUGGGGACAGAGCUUAACAAUGCAUUGAAGUUCCUCGUUACUCCCCGGCAACCUGCGGAAAUUCCCUAUGAGGAGUUACGGACAACACUGUCAAACCACUUCGAUCGAAUAAGGAAUAAGUUUGUGGAGAGCGUCAAAUUCCGACAAAUUAUUCAGCAACCUGGUGAAUCUAUUGCCCAAUUCGUCCUACGACUGAAGCAGGGAGCUGCUUACUGUGAAUAUGAAGAGUUUCUGGACCGAAUGCUUAUCGAACAAUUAUUGCAUGGUCUGGAAGCACGAGAUAUCUGUGACGAGAUCAUCGCUAAGAAGCCGGAAACAUUCAGUGCUGCGUACGAGAUCGCACACUCCCUGGAAGCAACUCGAAACACAACACGAGAAAUCAGCAACACCACCAAUACUCCAUCCCCAGAUCCGGAAUCAACUAACAAGCUCGGCUACGAGAAGCCGAAGACGAAAAAAUUUCCAAAAUCACUACACCGAUCACCACCACGGAAGCUGAAUGAAAGCCCCUCUGAUAAUGCUGCUGGAUCAAGUUCCUGUUACGGUUGCGGAGGUCAGCAUCUUCGAAGCCAAUGUCGUUUCCGCGACGAAAAAUGCCGGAACUGCAACAAGAGAGGGCACAUCGCUAAAGUUUGCCGCUCGUUAAAAUCAAACUCACGAAAUUCUUCUGCCGACCAGGUUGAAUUACAUGAGAUGCCUUCAUCCGAAGUUGAUUUUGUACAGGCUUUCAAUCAAGUUCAUCAAAUUCCGGCCAUUGAGAAAAAGACGAUCAAUGUGAAAAUCGAUGGUCGACCUUUAGGAAUGGAAUUAGACACAGGAGCACCGUGUGGACUUGUUGGAGAAAUCGAAUUACGAAGAAUUAAGCCGAAAUUUACUUUAUUACCAACGGAUAGACGAUUCUCCAGCUAUACAGGCCAUCGCAUCAAUUGUCUAGGUCGUCUUCCUGUGAACGUAUCCAUGGGAUCUACAACGCGCAGAUUGAACUUGUAUGUGGUAUCUGGUGCUUCUGAAGCUCUCUUCGGGCGAGAGUGGAUAACUCAUUUCACCGACCAGAUUGAUUGGAAUGAAAUGUUCUCUUCUAAUUCGUGCAUCAACAGUGUCACUAGCAUUACCACGGAUCAAGCAGCCAAACUAUCAAAGCUUCUGGAAAAUUUCGAAAAUAUCUUCAGUGAGGUUCCUGGAAAGCUCGAAGGUCCAUCAGCAAAGGUUCACCUCAAACCAGAAGUAUCUCCAGUUUUCGCCAGAGCACGGGAAGUUCUUCUUGCUCUACGCGACCGGUACGCUGCGGAGAUAGAAAAGAAGGUUGCCUCGGGGUUCUACGAAAAAGUUGAUUACUCCGAGUGGGCAUCGCCGACGCAUAUCGUCAUGAAGAAGAAUGGAGGUAUGCGGAUCACAGGUAACUAUAAACCAACAGUUAACCCAAAAAUGAUUAUUGACGAACAUCCCAUACCCAAAAUCGAAACAAUUUUCAACAAAAUGAAAGGAGCUGCAUUAUUUUGUCAUUUGGACAUAACUGAUGUAUACACGCACCUGCCAAUUGACGAUGAGUUUCGUCAUGUGCUAACCCUUAACACUCCGACGCAUGGGCUUAUUCGACCAACAAGAGCGGUAUACGGAGCCGCAAAUAUACCCGCUAUUUGGCAGCGACGCAUGGAGUCGGUUCUUCAAGGUUUGGAUCAUGUGGUCAAUUUCUACGAUGACAUUAUCGUCUUUGCCAAAGACUUCGAGGAGCUCAUGCUGGCUCUUACUGCAACCAUGGACAGGAUUAGGCAACACGGCCUACGACUCAACCGGAAAAAAUGCAUCUUUGCUACGCCAUCCCUCGAGUGCCUGGGUCACCGCAUUGAUCACCACGGUCUACACAAAUCCGAAAAGCACAUUGAAGCAAUUCGCGAUGCACCACGUCCGACAACGCCGGAAGAACUGCAGCUUUUUCUGGGUAAGGCAACCUAUUACAGUGCAUUUAUACCUAAUCUUUCUGUACGAGCCAAGAGCUUACGUGAAAUGUUACUUACAGAACCAUUUGAAUGGACACCCGAAGCUAAUGAGGCUUACCGAGAUUUGAAACUAGUUUUGACAUCACCCCAAGUACUCAUACAGUACGAUCCUACCCUUCCGCUGAUUCUGGCAACCGAUGCUAGCAAAACGGGCCUCGGAGCUGUACUUUCUCACCGUCUUAGCAACGGAACUGAACGCCCAAUUGCUUACGCUAGUUGUACCAUGUCCAGUACUGAGCAACGAUAUCCGCAAAUCGAUAAAGAAGCCCUUGCUAUCGUUUGGGCAGUGAAAAAGUUCUUCUAUUACCUCUACGCACAAAAAUCCCUGCCUACACUGUGCAUUAGCCGAAUGGCUAACUACGCGGACUAUCUAGCGCAUUUUAACUUUAAUGUAGUCUACAAGCCAACAAGUCAAAACACGAAUGCCGAUUACUGCUCCAGAAUUCCAAGCAAAUCGACGAAUUCCGGUGUCCACAGCUUGUUUCUCGAGGAGGGAAGAAAUGACGUGGAUGGUUUUGACAAUUUCGCGCUGCAUCAAAUUCAGCAAUUACCAGUACGCGCUGAAUACAUUGCUCGUGAAACCAGAAAGGAUGCGCAUCUGGGGAAACUUCUUCAACUACUCGAGUUGGGUCGAAACCUGGCGCAGUCAGGUUACAAGGCGCCGGAAUCAAAAUACACCGUAGUUGCCAACUGUCUCCUCUUCGAACACCGUGUAGUCAUCCCACCUACUUUUCGCGAAGCAAUCCUGAACGACCUACACGCAGCUCACAUCGGGGUGGUCAAAAUGAAGGGACUGGCGCGAUCGUUUGUGUACUGGCCAGGCAUAGAUGCAGACAUCGAAAACAUAGCGAAAUCCUGCGCUGAAUGCGCACGACAUGCACCGGCACCACCGAAGUUCAACAGCCAUCACUGGGAGUACCCAAAAGGUCCAUGGGAACGCAUUCAUAUAGAUUAUGCCGGGCCAGUAGCUGGUAUGAUGUUGCUUAUUAUCGUGGAUGCCUACAGCAAAUGGGUCGAAGUCAAGGUUACUAAUUCCACAACAGCAUUAGCGACGAUUAAUAUUCUGGAUGACCUGUUUGCAGCAUAUGGAGCACCAGUGACAGUCGUGUCGGACAAUGGUCCACAAUUCACUGCCGAUGAAUUUAAAGUGUUUCUACAUCGAAGCGGAGUGAAAUAUCACAAACUUUCAGCACCUUAUCACCCGGCUACAAAUGGCCAAGCGGAGCGCUACGUCCAGACCGUAAAAAGGGCGCUCAAGGCGAUGGGAACAACGAACUCAACUCUGCAAGCCAACCUAAACAAAUUUCUUAUGCAGUAUCGCAAAGCUCCUCAUACCGAAACUGGAGAGUCUCCGGCAAAGUUGUUCCUGGGAAGAAACAUUCGAACGCGGUUGGAUCUCGUCCGACCCCAAGACACCAGCACGAAAAUCACCGAAAAACAACGGGCCUUCUUCGAUGCAUCUUUUCGCACUUUCAGCCCAGGUCAGCACGUCUACUGCCUUUCAGGAAAUCCUCGGCUGGACAAAUGGAUCCCAGGAAUUAUUACUGCCCGUUUGGGGGAUCUGCACUACGAUGUUGUUUACCAAGGAAAACAUUUGAAACGUCACAUUGACCAACUCCGACGUUUCCACGACAACGAAAGCAAUGAAAGCAUCCCAUUCUCCAGUGAAUCAAGAAAAAGUACAACAGGUUCAACUACUCAACGAAUGCAUUUUUACGAUGAUGCAAUGACGUCACAGCAACACUCCUUCAGUUCGGAUGGUAGUACAACGACGGAGGCCUCUUCAAAUGGUCGCCAAACUCCAGAGCCAUCGUUCGUGACACCAACCAGCAGUCCAACACGUUCAUCCGAAGGUUCACCGCCAAUCUUGCGACGGUCCGAGAGACAACGACGUCUUCCUCUUCGUUAUUCCCCUUAAAGCCAGAAUUCUCCCUCAAAGGGGGGAAGAAAUGUUAUGUAUGCAGUUGGUUUGGAAGUAUGGAUUUUUCUGAGUGUGGAAGUAAGAAAAAUAAGUAAGCUGAAUAAAAAGUUACAGAAAAAUAGUCGCGUGUUUUAUAUUCCGCUCUUCCGAUUAUUUCGCAUAUUCCUAAAGUAAAACUAAUCGGGAAAUAGUAAUUACGCGG